AUGGCCUACACCGAGCCGCUCCUUUUCACCACGCCCCAAAACAACAGCCACAGCCCGCGCGGCGCGCGCCACCUCCACGUCGGCCCCUUCGAUCCCGCCCCUGCCACCAUCCCAACUGUAGACGCCGACGACGACGACGCCGUGGCAAGCAUGGUAGUGUCGGUGCGCGACGACGAGACCGGCGCGCUCGUCGCCGCCGGCCGCGGCGACGAGGAGGAGGACGAUGACCCCCGGGACGCGCCGGCGGUGCGGUCGGCGCGCGGCGCGCUGGCGGUGUUCGGGGAGGAGUCGCGUCGGCUGUGGGCCAUCGGCGCGCCCAUCGCCUUCAACAUCCUCUGCCUCUACGGCACCAACUCCACCACGCAGAUCUUCGCCGGCCACAUCGGCAACCGCGAGCUCUCCGCCGUCGCCAUCGGCCUCUCCGUCGUCUCCAACUUCUCCUUUGGCUUCCUCCUGGGGAUGGGGAGCGCGCUGGAGACGCUGUGCGGGCAGGCGUUCGGGGCGGGGCAGGUAGCGAUGCUGGGCGUGUACAUGCAGCGGUCUUGGAUCAUCCUCACCGCCUCCGCGCUCCUCCUCUCGCCGCUCUACGUCUUCGCGGGGCCCAUCCUGCGCCUGCUCGGCCAGGAGGAGGCCAUCGCCGCCGCCGCCGGCGACUUCACGCUCUGCAUCAUCCCGCAGAUGUUCGCGCUCGCCAUCAACUUCCCCACGCAGAAGUUCCUGCAGGCGCAGAGCAAGGUCGCCGCGCUCGCAUGGAUCGGCUUCGCCGCCCUCAUCGCGCACGUCGGGUUAUUGGCAUUGUUCGUGUCCGUGCUCGGCUGGGGCGUUGCCGGCGCCGCCGCGGCGUACGACGUGUCGUCGUGGCUGACCGCCCUGGCGCAGGUUGCCUACGUGGUCGGCUGGUGCAAGGAAGGGUGGACGGGCCUGUCCCGCGCCGCGUUCAAGGAGCUCUGGGCCUUCGUCAAGCUCUCGCUGGCGUCCGCCGUCAUGCUCUGCCUCGAGAUCUGGUACAUGAUGGUGCUCGUCGUACUCACCGGCCACCUCGACGACGCCGAGAUCGCCGUCGACUCCAUAUCCAUCUGCAUGAACAUCAAUGGGUGGGAGGGGAUGCUGUUCAUCGGCCUGAAUGCGGCCAUCAGCGUGCGCGUGUCCAACGAGCUAGGAUCCGGCCGGCCGCGAGCGACCAUGCACGCCGUGGCGGUGGUGCUGGUGCAGUCGCUGGCCUUCGGGCUGGUGGCCAUGGUGCUCAUCCUGGCCACGCGGAACCAGUUCGCCGUCAUCUUCACCGGCGACCGUCACCUGCAGAAGGCCGUGGCCAACAUCGCCAGCUUGCUCGCCGUCACCAUGGUGCUCAACAGCAUCCAGCCCGUCAUAUCGGGCGUCGCCGUCGGUGGCGGCUGGCAGGGGGUCGUCGCCUACAUCAACCUCGGCUGCUACUACGCCUUCGGCCUACCGCUCGGGUUCAUCUUCGGCUACCUCUUCAGAUGGGGAGUCAGGGGCAUUUGGGCGGGGAUGCUGUGCGGGACAGCGUUGCAGACGGCGAUCCUCAUGUACAUGGUGUACAAGACCGACUGGAAAGCAGAGGCGGCACAAGCGCUGGAGAGAGUGAGAUUAUGGGGAGGGCAGCAUGAGAAGCUUCCCACGACAGACAUGGAGGAGCCUAGCUAG